UGUGGUAGAACCUUCGACACGACAGCCAUGUUGCCUGCAGUAAAAAAGUCUGCCUUCAAAAUUCUCACAAACAGAGUUUAUAUUCUCACGCGAAGAUUUGCUAUUACUUCGACAUCUUUUCAAGGAAACGAAGAGCUACUUAUUUCAUCUAAGAGAUACGAGAGCGACAGUAACACAAAUGUGACUCCAUCGAUUCUCUCCAAGACAGACAGACGACUUCACCACGUCAAAAACCAUCCUCUUAAAAUACUCAAAGAUAAAAUCCACGAGUUUGUGUAUUCCGCUUACCUUCGCCACCGCAAUGGCCCUUUAUUCACAAUGGUGGACAAUAUCCCUCCGGUUGUGACUGUAGAUCAAAAUUUUGACAGCUUGUUGGUGCCAAAAAAUCAUAUCAGUAGAUCAAAGAAUGAUAAUUAUUAUAUAAAUAGUGAAUAUAUGCUCAGAGCUCACACGUCAGCACACCAAGUAGAUUUGAUUAGGACUGGACUUGAUGCUUUUCUUGUAACCGGGGAUGUGUAUAGGAGAGAUGAGAUUGAUAGGAAUCAUUAUCCAGUGUUUCAUCAGAUGGAAGGUGUGAGGUUGUUUACAAAGUUUGAUUUGUCUGGUGAUUCCAAGAAUCCCAUAACUUUAUUUGAAAAGAACGGCAAAAGAACAGAACAUAACCAGGCGGUUCAUACCUUAGAGUCUGUCAAGCUCGUAGAAUUUAACCUCAAGCAGACAUUGACUGGAAUUGUUGAAAAUCUUUGUGGCGAGAAUCUUGAGCUACGCUGGGUCGACACAUAUUUUCCAUUCACUCAUCCAUCCUGGGAACUGGAGAUUAAUUUCAAUAAUGAAUGGUUGGAAGUGCUUGGCUGUGGUGUCAUGGAGCAAGAAAUACUAAACAAUGCUGGAGCAAGUGAACAGAUUGGAUGGGCAUUUGGCAUUGGACUUGAACGGCUUGCCAUGCGGCUUUUCAAUAUUCCUGACAUCCGUCUGUUCUGGAGUGAAGACCCAAGGUUUCUUGACCAGUUCCAAGAUGGCAGCAUCAAUGAAUUCAAACCUUUCAGUAAAUAUCCUCCGACAUAUAAGGAUGUGGCUUUUUGGAUAUCUGAUGGCUUUUCACAGAAUGACUUGUGUGAGGUAGUGAGAAAUGCCGCUGGAGAUAUUGUGGAAAAG